GUCUGUAGAGAUGCCUUCCCCGUUUGUGUACUUGGAUUUGGCCUCAUGAGAGUGUAAUGAUAAAAAAAUAGUGUGGGAGAGUGGUUUUCUCAGUCUUAGAUACAGGACAUAGAGAGGGACAGUGCGGGCGUGGGUGCGUGGGGUGGGUUUACUUACUGUGCUUUUAUUCCGGUUGUCUGAAAUCUUCUUUUGGGUUGUUCAUUUUCUCCGGUAGCAUCUAUUAAGAAACUCAUGCUGUCCUAAAGCAGAUCUGCCUAUGGAAGUGCCAAAACAUAAAGGUUACAUCUGAAGAUCAAGUUCCAGUUUGAUGAUGGAUCCUGAGUUAGGAAGGGGUUUGAAUCCUCAAAAGAAGGAUUCUUGGAAGGCACUCUUGCUUUUAGCAUAUCAGAGCUUAGGUGUGGUAUAUGGGGAUUUGAGUAUAUCCCCUUUGUAUGUAUAUAAAAGCACCUUUGCAGAGGAUAUAACACAUUCCGAGACAAAUGAGGAGAUUUUUGGUGUGCUUUCAUUUGUGUUCUGGACUCUUACCCUUGUCCCUCUUUUCAAGUAUGUUUUCAUAGUUCUUAGAGCUGAUGACAACGGUCAGGGUGGUACUUUUGCUCUGUAUUCUUCAAUAUGCAGGCAUGCCCAAGUAAGCCUUCUGCCUAACAAACAGAUUGCAGAUGAAGAACUCUCUACUUACAAACUAGAAAGCCCUCCAGAAACAAAGAAUAGGUCAAGGGUGAAAAUUUGGCUUGAGAGGCAUAAGAACUUGCACAUUGCCCUGCUAGUAGUGGUUAUGCUUGGUACCUGCAUGGUAAUUGGAGAUGGUGUACUCACUCCAGCCAUAUCAGUUUUUUCUGCAGUUUCAGGGCUUGAGCUGGCCAUGUCUAAGCACCACCAUGAAUAUGCUGUGGUUCCGAUUACUUGUUUCAUAUUAAUUUGUUUAUUUGCACUCCAACACUAUGGUACCCAUCGGAUUGGAUUUCUAUUUGCUCCAAUUAUUCUGACUUGGCUACUGUGCAUCAGUGCACUUGGCAUCUAUAAUAUUGCUCACUGGAACCCACAUGUCUAUCAAGCACUUUCCCCGUAUUACAUGUUUAAAUUCUUGAAGAAGACCAAAAAGGGAGGCUGGAUGUCCUUGGGUGGAAUUUUACUAUGCAUAACAGGAUCAGAGGCAAUGUUUGCAGAUCUCGGCCACUUCUCAUACACUGCAAUUCAGAUUGCUUUCACUUCACUAGUUUAUCCAGCUCUGAUUCUGGCAUACAUGGGUCAAGCUGCUUAUUUAUCAAAACACCAUAAAAUCUACACAAGUUACCAGAUUGGCUUUUAUGUCUCAGUUCCAGAGAGUGUAAGGUGGCCUGUGCUUGGACUAGCAAUACUAGCUUCAGUGGUGGGAAGCCAGGCAAUCAUCAGUGGAACAUUCUCUAUCAUAAACCAGAGCCAAUCGCUUGGUUGCUUUCCUCGAGUGAAAGUAGUCCAUACUUCUGAGAAAAUUCAUGGGCAGAUCUAUAUCCCAGAGAUCAAUUGGAUGCUCAUGAUCCUCUGCAUAGCAGUUGCUGUUGGCUUUAGAAACACAAAACACAUGGGCAAUGCUUCUGGACUAGCAGUAAUCACCGUUAUGCUGGUUACCACAUGCCUUACUUCUCUGGUCAUGAUCCUUUGCUGGCAUAAACCCCCACUCCUGGCCCUUGCUUUUCUUCUAUUCUUUGGCUCCAUUGAGGUCCUCUACUUUUCUGCCUCCCUCAUCAAAUUUCUUGAGGGUGCCUGGCUCCCCAUCCUUCUUGCUCUCUUCCUCAUGGCUGUCAUGUUUGUCUGGCACUACACCACAAUCAAGAAGUAUGAGUUUGACCUGAGCAACAAGGUUUCCUUAGAAUGGCUCCUGGUGCUUGGUGACAAGCUCGGUAUCAUCCGUGUUCCUGGCAUCGGUCUUGUGUACACUGAUCUCAUCUCUGGCAUUCCUGCUAACUUCUCUCGCUUUGUCACCAACCUCCCGGCAUUCCACCACAUACUAGUUUUUGUCUGUGUCAAAUCUGUUCCUGUCCCUUUUGUGCCUCCUGCAGAAAGAUACCUUGUGGGUCGUGUUGGACCGCCAAAUCACCGGUCAUAUCGAUGCAUUGUUCGAUAUGGCUACCGUGAUGUCCACCAAGACAUCGACUCUUUCGAGUCUCAGCUCAUUGCUAGUUUAUCUGAAUUCAUACGAUCUGAAGCAUCAUAUGGUGGCCCUCGGUCUAGCAAUUCGAUGGAUGGGGGUGAGGACAGACUCACUGUUAUUGGAAGCAAUGCAUUCGCAUGCCCUUCCAGAUACGAUUUUGAGGAGAAUAUCCAACCAGCAGGUGUGUCCAUUGAGUUCCACUCUGAGGGGAAUGCGACGGAAUUGUUGCCUGUUAGUAUGGGGAAGAAGGUUCGGUUCUUUUUAGAGGAUGACCAUAGCUCAGAAUUGGAGAAGCAUGCGAGGGAAGAGCUCGAGGAGCUAUGUGUGGCACGUCAAGCAGGGACUGCAUUCAUACUGGGGCAUUCACACGUGCGAGCAAAGCCGGGUUCAUCCAUCAUGAAGAAGUUGGCGAUCGAUGUUGUGUACAAUUUCCUUGGAAGGAAUUGCCGGGGCCCAGACGUGGCACUGCGAGUGCCUCCAGCAUCGCUGCUUGAGGUUGGGAUGGUUUAUGUAUUAUGAGAUGAAGCCUGUGCAGCCAUCUAAGGUCAUCCCUUCCAAAGUGUUCAGGGAAUCUACUAUUUCAUUUCCAGAAAAUAUAAGAGUGAUGGUGUGCCAGUUGUUAUAAAAUCUUCGCAGUGUCUUGAGGGCUACUGUCUGAGGUCAAGAUUGUGUAUGUAUUUUGUGCUGAAGCCUGUGCAGCUGUGUGAGUAAGAUCAUCCCAGCCAAAAUGUUAAGGAAUGCACCAUUAAAUGUUAGGAAAAUGUAGGAGUGACACCGACUGUUAUUGCAACAUCAUGGCCUUAAGAAUUUACAAUGGGUAUCUGACUGUUAGAUCUUACCUCAAGAAAGUGAAUAGGUGUAAUGGGAGCACCUCUCUUUUUAAAA